AUCUGAAACAGUUUUUGAAAUGACUAAACCUACUCAUUUAUGGCUUAUAUGUGUCUCUCCAGUCCCUAGUGGCGCUCCGUUUGUCAGCGUUGAAAAGUCUCCAGAUUUUGUGAUGGAGGGCGACUCUGUGAAUGUGACCUGUACUGUCCUAGGAGAGCCUGAGGUCCCCAUACACUUCAACUGGAUCUAUCCCAACCAGCCGUCCCGUCCUGUUCAGGUGCAUUCGUCCUGGCGACUGGUGAAGAGGGGGCUGGGACACACCACUCGAGUCUCUCAAAGUGUCCUUGUCAUUAAAGAGAUGAACCGCAGGUCCUUUGGGAGUUACAUCUGCAAAGCGAAGAACAAAUAUGGAGAAACUAUAGUGGCCACCAAUGUACAGUCUGGAUAAACUGUCAAAAUAUCUAAGAACACAAUCACUUAAAGGAGCACUAAAACACUAUAGCUUUUCUGGUGUAGGAUCCAUCACCCUGUCUUCUCCAUGGAGAUAUUUUGACACGUUAGAAAUGUUACAUAGAAUGGCAUUAAACUUAUUAAUCUUCAUGAGAACAAGUUGGUGACACUCUCAGGCCAAGUUAUAGGUCAGAUCAGAGGUGGGGCAAGCCUUACCUGGCUCAUGGCAGAUUGAUAUGUGUCACUCUGAACUUAGUUCUACACAUAAUAAAUCUGGGAUGGCUCUCGCUGAAAGCGAUCAGAAAACGUGAAACAUCAUGGCGAUAAUUUGAGUCUGAUUGGUUGAAGAACAAGACAAAACUUUUGUUACAUCCAGUUGAGAGAAUGGCACAGACAUCUUCCCUGUCCACAGAUGCAUAAAGCGCUUACCUUCUGCAUGCUUUUCACAAACAAAAUGGUCAGUAUUGACACUAAAAUAGGUGGUGUUUAUUUUGGUUCACUUGAGCGACUCACCUCUGGCUUUUGCACAAACGUCAGUGUGUGCAAAAGCCAGAGGUACCUAUUGCACCAGGGGGCACGCCAAGAUGGAUUCUCAUGGGUUUGUGAACUCACAAAUAUCACAAGAAUCCAUUUUGCUGUGCAAGGUUAUGGUAAGCCAGCUCACUAUAAUUUGUAGGCAUGUUUUUCAAGGUGUUUUUGAGCAAUAAAAAUACAUGUAAUUUAAUAAAUGCAUAAUAGAUAUGUAUCAGACAAAGCAAGGUGGCAGAUCCCCUCACCAGAAAAGUUACAUAGUGCACUUUUAAGAGCAUCUUUUGAAUCUACCUGAAAAUAAAAAAAAUAUCAUAAUUUUAUCUAAGCAUCAAAGAUUUCCUACCAAAUACCUGCUAGUCAGUGCUGAAGGAAGGACAGUUAGAUAGUCCUGGUUAAAUCCUUGUUUGCAGUCUAAUCCAAAACUAAACCAAAGACCUCCCUAUUGGAAAAAGCAAUUCCAUAUAAUAUACAAUAGUAAUAGUAUUGUACUGCUUGUAAAUAUUUUUGAACUGAUUUGCAACCAGAGAUUCUUUUAUAUGCCGUGAAAAUGUUCAUAGAUUGUACCAUGUUUUGUCCUAACAAUAAAUGUGUGUUCUGUGUUUUUCAUCA